GAUUACAGUUGUAAAGCAACAGAUUGACCUUACCUUAGUAUGUGACCAUAAGGACUGAGGUCUUUAUAAAAACGCAGGUUGCCUUGGAUUUUUAUACAACACCAUGAGGAGAAUUGCUUUAUUUCUGCUGCUGACGGGUAUCUUGUGUAACGGACAAGAGUUGCACUGGGAAAACAACCAGUCUCUAGAGUUUAAGUGCCAUGCAGGACAGUCGAUAUCCCUCAUAAAGAUCCAACUGGAUAUCAAUCAUAAGGAUCUGACAUGGGAGUUUGGCUGUAAAGACACCUUUGCUUCUGGUGCAGACUGUGUCUCGUCACCACAAGUCAAUGAAUCUAACCAAACAUUUGCCUACGAGUGUCCACCACACCAUGUCCUCUCAGGAAUGAGCAGCUACUACAGCAUCCAGCUUGAGGACCGGCGAUGGCAGUUCUACUGCUGUAGAAGCAACAGCCGCUGUACUGAUAAGUGUGAGUGGAUUACCAAUGUGAAUGGAUUUGAGUUCUUCAAUGUACCAGACCAAAAGUACCUGGUGGGUGCUGAAAGCUACUCGGAGAAAGCAGACCGGCGCUGGAAGUACAAGUAUUGCAGUAUUGUACAAUGCUGAGACUCCCGGAGAUGCCCUCAAAAUGCAAAUCUGAAAAAAAAAAACGCACAAGGUUGAAGUGUCACUAUUUUUGGCCCAAUUAUUUAAUAAAAUUCAGUUGGUCUGAGACCACAAAUGUA